CGCUUGUUGCAAUACAGAACAAAAGACGCAGGCAAGAGCUUUGCAAGCACUGUGGAGCUAUACAGGGUUUUGGGCAAGAAUAUAAUGGACUAAUAUGAGAAUAAGAGCUACACCGUGAAGUCACCUGAAGAGGAAAUCAGAAAUCAGUCUUUCAAAGCAUUUGGGAGACUGCUACAGGAUUGGAUGCAAGCAUGCACUUCCCCAUCAUGGAGAAGCUGAGGAAGAUUCACCUAAACAGGCAAGUAAUGCUGUUUAUUUUUAUGAUGGCUUUGGUUCUGGUUUGCAGUGAGGCAACAACUCGAUACUCUAUUUUAGAGGAAACAGAAAGUGGCUCCUUUGUGGCCCAUCUGGCCAAGGAUCUGGGUCUGGGAGCUGGGGAGCUGGCUGCCAGGUCUGCACGGGUGGUGUCUGAUGAUUACAAGCAGAGAUUGCUGCUGGAUCCUGAGACUGGAGAUUUGAUUCUGAGAGAGAAACUAGACCGGGAAGAGCUGUGUGGCUCUUUGGAUCCCUGUGUGCUGCCUUUCCAGGUGUCUCUUGAAAAGCCAGUGCAAUAUUUUCAAGGAGAAUUAUUGAUCCAGGACAUAAAUGAUCAUGCUCCAGAAUUCCCAGAUAGAGAAUUGCUCUUGAAAAUUCCGGAAAACAGCCAGCCAGGCACACGAUUUUCAUUGAAAUUAGCCCAGGAUUUGGAUGUGGGCAACAAUGGGCUUCAAGAGUACAGAGUCAGCACCAACCCUCAUUUUCAUGUCCUCACUCGAAAUAAUAGUGAAGGCAAGAAAUACCCAGAGUUGGUGCAGGACAGAGCCCUGGACAGAGAGGAGCAGGCAGAGCUGAGCUUAACCCUCAUAGCUCUGGAUGGCGGGUCUCCACCGAGGUCAGGAACAGCCUUGGUUCGAAUCCUGAUCAUAGACAUCAAUGACAAUGCUCCUGAGUUUGUGAACAGCCCCUAUGAGGUGCAGGUUCUAGAGAGCUGUCCCCCAGACUCCCCAAUCCUGACUGUGUUAGCACGGGAUGCAGAUGCUGGCAACUUUGGGAGUGUUUCCUAUGGCUUGUUCCAAGCAUCAGAUGAAAUCCAACAAACAUUCUCAAUAAACGAAACUACUGGAGACAUGCGACUGAAAAAGAAAUUGGAUUUUGAAAAAAUUAAAUCUUAUCAUGUGGAAAUCGAGGCCACAGACGGAGGAGGGCUUUCUGGGAGAGGUUCUGUGAUGAUAGAGGUGUUGGAUGUGAACGACAAUGCUCCAGAGCUGACCAUAUCUUCACUGACCAGCUCAGUCCCAGAAAAUGCUCCUGAGACCAUAAUCAGCAUCUUCAGAGUUGGAGACAGGGAUUCCGGAGAGAAUGGAAAGGCGGUUUGCUCUAUCUCAGAAAACCUGCCAUUCAUUCUAAAAUCCACUUUCAAGAAUUUCUACACUCUGGUGACAGAGAGCCCUCUGGACAGAGAGAGUAGAGCUGAAUACAACAUCACCAUCUCAGUCUCAGACCUGGGCACACCCAGGCUCACAACCCAGCACACCAUAACAGUGCAGGUGUCUGACAUCAACGACAACGCCCCUGCCUUCACCCAAACCUCCUACACCAUGUUUGUCCGCGAGAACAACAGCCCUGCCCUGCACAUAGGCACCAUCAGUGCCACAGAUGCAGACUCAGGCUCCAAUGCCCACAUCACCUACUCACUGCUGCCGCCCCAAAAUCCACAGCUGGCCCUUGUCUCGCUCAUCUCCAUCAACGCAGACAAUGGGCAGCUGUUCGCGCUCAGGGCGCUGGACUAUGAGGCCCUGCAGGCCUUCGAAUUCUAUGUGGGUGCCACAGACCAAGGUUCACCAGCGCUCAGCAGCCAGGCUCUGGUGCAUGUGAUGGUGCUGGACGACAAUGACAAUGCGCCCUUCGUGCUCUACCCGCUGCAGAACGCCUCUGCACCCUGCACCGAGCUGCUCCCCAGGGCAGCGGAGCCAGGAUACCUGAUCACCAAGGUUGUGGCUGUGGACUGCGACUCUGGCCAGAAUGCCUGGCUGUCAUUCCAGUUGCUCAAGGCCACAGAGCCCGGGUUGUUUAGCGUGUGGGCACACAAUGGCGAGGUACGCACCACCAGGCUGCUGAGCGAGCGAGAUGUGCCCAAGCACAGGCUACUUCUGCUGGUCAAGGACAAUGGGGACCCUGCGCGCUCUGCCACAGUCACGUUGCACGUGCUACUUGUGGAUGGAUUUUCACAGCCCUAUCUGCCUCUGCCGGAAGUUGCUCGGAACGCCGUUCAGGAAGAUGAUGAUGCUCUUACACUGUACCUGGUCAUAGCCUUGGCAUCUGUGUCUUCUCUCUUCCUCUUGUCUGUGCUGCUGUUUGUGGGGGUGAGGCUGUGCAGGAGGGGCAGAGAGGUCUCUCUGGGUGGCUGCUCUAUUCCUGAUGGACACUUUCCUGGCCACCUGGUGGAUGUCAGUGGAGCAGGGACCCUGUCCCAAAGUUACCAGUAUGAGGUGUGUCUGAGGGGAGACUCUGGGACUGGUGAGUUCAAGUUCCUGAAACCCAUGGUCCCCAAUGCUGGGAUAGAAAUUAUGGAAAGUCCCCACUGCAGGGAAAGCUUUGUAUUCAACUAAGUAUUCUAAAUGGUCCAAUUAAUCCUAAAAAUUAAUAUACUUUUUGUGGGUAAGUGUAAUAUUAACUAGUUUUCAAAAAACUGCUACCUUGUGUGCAGGUCUCCAACAGCUCUCAUUUUUCCUACUCAUACUAAGCAUGCUUAGGCUGUCAUUAUAGCACAUGUUAAGUAUGAGGUUUUUAUGUAGUCAAUGUCUUUGAUGACUAAUAUUCUCAUAACUACAAGUAACUCAAGUAACAGAAUUUCUUCAAACUUUCAAAAGAAAAUUUGAAUUUCUCUAUAUAAUUAUGACACCUGUUUUAACUGUGUCUUUUAUCGUUUUAAGGUUAGAACGCUUAGAAUUUUAUUUGGCCUUAGCAUACUUACUUUUCCUAGAUCAUGUUAGAUGCCUUUCAAUAGAACACUCAAUUGUGACACUUGUUACGAGCAUCAUAAAUGUUAGUGUUUGAUUUACGUUUGUUCCUGAAAGUGUUUUAAAAGCAAUCAGGCUAAAACUUUCCAUUAAUUAUAUUUUAAUAAAAAUUGAAAGAGAGCAUAUUUUAUAAUUUGUCAUCCCUUUCAUGAAAUAAAAUUGUUAAUCCAUU